AUGCGAACCGCUGUCGCUCUCUCUGUGGCCGCUGUUGCCCAGGCCAGCACUUUCCAGAUUGGCACCAUCCACGAGAACUCUGCCCCCGUUCUCAGCACCGUGGAGGCCAAUGCCAUUCCCGAUGCCUACAUCAUCAAGUUCAAGGACCACGUUGGUGAGGCUCAGGCCGAGAAGCACCACGACUGGCUCCAGAGCGUCCACAGCUCCGGCGAGCAGGAGCGCCUUGAGCUCCGCAAGCGAAGCAGCAUCUUCGGCUCAGACGACGUCUUUGACGGCCUGAAGCACACCUUCAAGAUGGACGGCUUCAAGGGCUAUGCUGGUCACUUCCACGAGUCCACCAUCGAGCAGGUCCGGAAUCACCCGGAUGUCGAGUACAUCGAGCGCGACAGCAUUGUCCACACUAUGCUUCCCCUCGAGUCCAAGGACAACAUCAUUAUUGAGGAUUCUUGCACUCCCGAGACUGAGAAGCAGGCUCCUUGGGGUCUUGCUCGUAUCUCUCACCGAGAUACCCUCAACUUCGGCUCCUUCAACAAGUACCUCUACACCGCUGAGGGUGGUGAGGGUGUCGAUGCCUACAUCAUUGACACUGGUACCAACAUUGAGCACGUCGACUUCGAGGGUCGUGCCAAGUGGGGAAAGACCAUCCCCGCCGGCGACGAGGACGAGGAUGGCAAUGGCCACGGCACUCACUGCUCUGGUACCGUUGCUGGUAAGAAGUACGGUGUGGCCAAGAAGGCCCACGUCUACGCCGUCAAGGUGCUCCGAUCCAACGGAUCCGGCACCAUGUCCGACGUCGUCAAGGGCGUCGAGUUCGCUGCCCUCUCUCACCAGGAGGCCGUGAAGCAGGCCAAGGACGGCAAGCGAAAGGGCUUCAAGGGCUCCGUCGCCAACAUGUCUCUUGGUGGUGGCAAGACCUCUGCUCUUGACGCUGCUGUCAACGCCGCCGUUAAGGCUGGUAUCCACUUCGCCGUCGCUGCCGGUAACGACAACGCCGAUGCUUGCAACUACUCCCCGGCUGCCGCCUCUGAGCCUGUUACCGUCGGCGCUUCUGCCCUCGAUGACAGCCGUGCCUACUUCUCCAACUACGGAAAGUGCACUGACAUCUUCGCCCCCGGCUUGAGCAUCCAGUCCACCUGGAUCGGCUCCAAGUACGCCGUCAACACCAUUUCUGGUACCUCCAUGGCCUCUCCUCACAUUGCUGGUCUCCUGGCCUACUACCUAUCUCUCCAGCCCGCUACCGACUCUGAGUUCGCUGUUGCCCCCAUGAGCCCCAACAAGCUCAAGAAGGACAUCAUCUCCGUCGCCACCGUCGGCACUCUCUCUGACAUCCCCUCUGACACCCCCAACCUGCUCGCCUGGAACGGUGCUGGCUGCAGCAACUACAGCCAGAUCAUCGAGGCCGGCAGCUACACUGCCAAGCCCAAGGCCAACAAGGCUAAGCUCCCCGCCACCAUUGAGGAGCUCGAGGAGGCCAUCGAGGGUGACUUUGAGGUUGUCUCUGGCAAGAUUGUCAAGGGCGCCAAGACCUUUGGCUCCAAGGCCGAGAAGUUCGCCAAGAAGAUCCACGACCUUGUCGAGGAGGAGAUUGAGGAGUUCAUCUCUGAGCUUUCUGAGUAA